GUGUGAUCAGAUCAAUCGGAGAUCCAACUUAUUAUUUGUUUUUUGGUUUUGCAAGCAGAAUUCAAUAAAAAGUAGUCUUUUCAUGGGUUCGUUAUAUGAAUAAAGAAACUGGUUUUCUUUAUUCAACAAUACAAACAUUCCGGAUGAAAUUUGGCCACGAAAGGUUAUAGAUUUCUCGCAAUUAGAUACGAGUGAUAGUGUGCAUAAAAUAGUGCGUAUAGAAUUGAAAAUCAUAAAUUAUGAUAUGAUGUUGAAUAUUUGAUUUCACACAUCGACAGCACUUCAUGUAUCACGCCCUUAUCAAAUUCACCAGUGCUAUUAUCAUAUUUGAACAAUAUAUUAUCGUUGGCGAUUUUUCCAUUUUCGAAAUAAUUAACAGUGUAUCGCUCAGAAAAGCAUUUAUAAUUUGCUCACUUCUAAGAAAAACGCGAAGCUCAGUUGUUUUCGAGUUUUUCAUUCAAUUUUUUCGAGAAAUGGGAUUUGUGAUCAUUAUUAUUGCAUCAGCUUUUAAAUGAAAAAUGAUGACGGAAUUUCGAUUAACAGGAAACGAGCGGAAGCAGAAUGAUGGUAGAUGUAGGUCAAAGAACGAGUGGAAAAAAUGCAAAAGAAGCAAAGCUACAAAGAAAAAGGAUAAAAAGAAGCUCGACCUCAGUGGCGAUUUAAGUUCUCCUGGACCACCGGAGAUCGAUUUGCCCAGCAAUGCAUCCGCUUUCGCUGUAUUUGCUCGAGUCAGGAGUUCUGUUCUUGAUAAACAUGCAAGAAGUAGUAGCGAAGCUUUUAGGGUUUCAAACUGCAGUUCUCCUCCUCCGCCUGAGCUCAGUGACACUAUCGACUCUGAUAGUGAGGACGAGGACCGGAUAUCAUCGGCGCAGAGUUUACCAAAGAUUGUGGGCAUCGGUCUGAGAAGUGUUUUUACACUUAUGAGAGAGAGUAGAUCGGUAGAGCCAGUUUUGUGUACCAAAGCCCUUUCUGCGUUGCUGGACGUUCUUCAGGGACAACUUCCUGAAGGACUCAAGUCCGAACCUGAUGAUGUUAUAGAUCCAUUAUUCGAUCUGCUGCUGGAUCUGGCAACUUCGCACGGUCCAGAGUCAACAGUUGCUAAUGAUGGCAGUCACUUGACAGCUGUUGCUUGUGCCUGUCUCUUAAGUCUGGUAGUUGUUAGAGGUGAUACUGGAAGAUUACUCGCUGCUAUAGCUGCUUUAUUAAUGUGCCCUAGAGCUCUUGCAGCUCAAAAUAUUCAGAUGCCAUUUGUCCUGAUCUCACUACAACGUAGCGUCGAAGCAAUAUUGCUUGGUAAGCUUGCCCGACCCGAUUGGAUAACAUAUGGAGUUCCUAAAAGUUCCAAGAUUUACACGUUCAAAUUACAUCUUCCAAACGAGAUGAAUAAUCUCGUUAUGAAUGGACGUAGUUUUGUCAGUGAUGGAAAAUAUCUUUAUCUUCACACGAAUCGUGGACUGUUGAAAAUCGGUAGUGGAUACGGUGGCACGAUCGGUGGUCAGUUGUACUCUCACAAAGCUGAUUUUUAUCCUAAUGAGAUUGGAUGGCUCGGUUACGCUAAUAAUUCGUUGUAUUUCAAAUGUUCUCCGAGAAAACAGUGCGAACUGUUAGAGCUCGAUGCUGAGAAUUUGGCAGUAAGAGGAAUAGCGGUGCUCGAAGGUCGCGAUUGGCUCUCUUCUGUGAUGUUUUCGGACGGUGAUAAUUUGGGAAUGAUCACUGCUGGGAAAGAUGAAGGUUUUGUCGUUCGUACGAUAAAUACUUUGAGCAAUCCCGUGACCGUAACGUCAGAAUUGCCCUUGAAAUUGGCAAGAAAGUGCGUCGACGUAUUUGGCUGGGCGAAUUUCGAUGAGGAACAAACUGCGCAUACCUUGAGUUCCGGUUGCGACGACGAAGUGGCGAUGGUAAUCGCUGGCAAAGAAUUUAGUCUGUUGAAAACAAUGUCAGGAAAAAUAUUGUAUACUGGAAAAGGAAGUUGUUUAGGAAUGAAAAGUAAUACGAGGCCGAACAGAUGGCUUGAACUGCCUUUAAACGAAAGCUCGAAAGUUUCGCAAUUCGUGGCUGGACACGACGGUCAACAUGUUAUUUUCGUGAUGGAUGACGGAUCGGUAUUGUUCGCUGGGACAGCGAGACGGGGCGAGGACGGUGAUAGCUGCAAAGUACGCAGACCACCAAAGCCCGCGAAACCAAAGAAAAUGUUUAAAGCCGAUGGCCACUACGUCAUCGAAGCUGCGUGCAACAAUGGCUCAACCGCUCUCGUCACUAAAGAAGGAGCUUUGUUGAUGUUUGGCAAAGAUACACUGCACAGCGAUCCGAAUACCGGUUUAGUCACUGAACUCAAAGACGUCUCGAUCCAGCAUGUUGCUUUAGGAAAAGCUCACGCUGCUGUUCUCACCAACAAAGGACAACUCUAUACUUUUGGAAUUAAUAACAAGGGACAGUGCGGACGAGAUUUUACAGCUGUCAGGCCAGCCCACAAAGAAGUGACGGUUGUUGCGAUGGAAACAGGAACAGGGGAGGACGAACUAAUCGUCGCCGAGGAUGAAGGAGAUCCUGGUGAAGAGUGGGAUGAAGGUAGAGGAAUGUGUUCUCCGGGACAACAUCAAUGGAGACGUCGCGUUUGCAUGGUUUGCACCGUGUGCCGAGAAUGUACAGGCUACGGAAUGGUUUGCUUGAACAGUACACUUCCGGGUCGGAAUUCGAAACGUCGUCCUGGACAAGAAUGCGGUUGCGGCGAAGGAGACAGUGGUUGUGCCGAGUGCGGAUGUUGCAGCGAGUGCGCCCGUAAGAAUUGCGACAACGGCAGCGAUAUGGCAGUUUUUGGACCAUCGGGAGGUGGAGAUUUAGGCAUGAUGAGAUUGCACAUGAUGUUUGAAGGAAGACCCGGUUCGAAUAUCAGAGACUAUUUGAGGCGACGAUUGGAAGAGAGAAAACAGCGACAGAGAAGCAAAGCUGGGCCCAGCGCUGUUAAAUGGGGAAUAAAGAUCAAGGGAUCCAACAAUCAGCGACCUGUAGGCCCCAGCGUCGUCGUACAAAAAGGAGCUUCCGGAAAAGCUGCACUCGGACUCGGCAAUAAUCUUCUCACGGACGAAGUUGUUGGGGGCAGUGACGUUGAACGUGGCGAUGCAACGAGAAUUGCGAGCAUUCCACCCGCCAAAGUUCCCAUUCCGAGCGAUAGUCCCGUCGUUCAAGUUUCCUGUGGUCUGCAUCACACCGUUAUACUUUUGCAAAAUGGUGAAGUGUACAGUUUUGGUAGCAAUAUUUACGGUCAACUGGGUAUUGGCGAUCUAAUUGCUCACGCUGGCCCUGUACAAGUUAAAUUGCCCAGCAUUGCCACUCAAGUUGCUGCAGGUAGCAAUCACACUGUCGUCCUCACAGGAAAAGGAGAGGUUUACACUUUCGGCGCUUAUCAAAAAGGACAGUUGGGCAUGAAGUGGUGGAAUGGUCAGAACGAGUCAUCGAAAACUACGCCACAAGGGAAUCGACGAUCGGAAAGAUCCCAGCCGUGGCACAGUUUUCCGAACGUCGUUCCCAAUAUUGGUCCAAAGUGGGGCAGACGUGCUACCUGGAUUGGUGCAUCUGGGGAUCAAACUUACGUGAAAAUCGAUGAGAUUAAUUCUAUAAGUUUAACCAAGAGCACUGUAAUGGCAAAUAAAAAUUGCAUUGUACUCAUACCUCACCAAAACGAGCACGUAAAUUCCUUCAAGUGUCUCGUAAUAAACAAAAGAGACGGAAGUUGCAACAGUUUCAGUGGCAACGAUCAAGUAGAUUUCGCACAUUCAGCGGCGUGUCUGGAUUCGCUUUACAACGUCAUAUGGACGUACAAUUCAACGACGAGUGAAAUAAGUCCGCACAACAUAAUAUCGACGGAAGCUCGUACGAUUGCGGAUUUGGAUGCCUCGAUACUGAGUCCAGGAUUGGCACUUCCGGUGGUUCAAAAUUGUUUUGUAACGCGUACACAAGCAGCGAUGCAUUUAUUGGGUUGCUUGGACACUUUGACGCAAGCGCAGGACGAAAAGCUGACGAUAGUGGAAGAAAACGAGUGUACUAAUUCGACUCACGACAAAAUUUACAGUCGAGAAGAUUAUUCGACCGUGAGUAGAUUUGAGAAUCACGGGGGAGGUUGGGGCUACUCGGGUCAUUCGGUUGAGGCGAUAAGAUUCAUGGCAGACACGGAUAUUUUGCUCGGUGGUUACGGGCUGUUUGGUGGUCGCGGCGAAUACACCGCCAAAAUAAAGCUCUUCGAUCUCGGGCUAGCCGGCGAUUAUCACGAAAACGAUGGCAUUUUGCUUGCGGGAACCGAAGAAAUUCCCUACGAGUGCGAGCCUCGGCAAAAAUACUCAAUUCUCUUCGACGAACCGAUAGCCUUGCAAGCGAAUCGUUGGUACGUUGCCUGUGCUCACGUCAGCGGCCCUGCGAGCGAUUGCGGUGCUGGCGGUCAGAGCAUGGUCACCACCGAGGAUCAAGUCAUCUUCCACUUCAAAUCGUCGAAAAUGUCGAACAACGGGACCGAUGUCAACGCCGGACAAAUCCCUCAGUUGCUCUAUAGAAUCGUGACCCCUGAAACGCAAUCGCCCAAUCGGCAGAGAGAUCAGUCCGAACCUGUGUACGUAAUACGUCGCGAAUUUAGCCGCGCCGUCACCAAAGAAUGCUUCCAAUCUUUAAUAUCUCUUUUGCAAUGGAGCUGGAACACUCUCAAAGCUGGACUCUCCGACGCUUGCUCCAGAUUACCCACAACUUCGUUCCAUUCUGUUCUCGAAAUGGAACAUCUCGUUUACAUAAGCGAAGCCAGUCUGAGACUCCUGCGAACUUACACCAACGAGAUUUAUUCCAAUCAAACGGGCAAAAAAAGUCCCCCCGAGAGCGUCAGACUGGCCGAAUGCGUCGGCGAAGUUCGAGCUCUUCUACGACAAAUUCUCUCUGAUUCCGUACCCACGGGUCUGAGAAGCAAAGGGAAAACGAAAACGAGCAAGAGCGAUCGGAGCAUAGGCAACAAAAUGAUUUCCAUUAUUUUGGACGAGUGUCACAAAACUUUUGUCGCGUGUUACCACGCUUUUUAUCCAACCGCCUACUUGAAAUGGACAUCUUUGUGCGAACUGCUCUCGGAAAUCGACAAGGAACAGGGCGUUUCCAGCAAAGACCGAUUACUCUCGGCAGUUCUCGCCUCUCUGUGCAAUUCUAUGGUACGACUCCGUUGCACUUUUCCCAUUUUAUCGAACGUCAUGGAUAGCAGCGAUGGGAUUAAAAGGCAACUCAGCCCUUCCGACAAUUCCGGCUUGCCUAUGAUGAACUCUACCGAAGCUCACCAUUAUCCCAUUCUCGUUGAGCAAAUGAGCUACAAAUCGCAGAUAGAAAGCACCGGGAGGGAAACCCUCAAUUGGUCAUUUCGCGAGGUUCUCGAUCGGUUGCUCGAUCUCAUUCUCGUACCUGUUAAAAAAUCGCUCUGCCGGGAAAAAAGCUUGUCACUACCCAAUCUCAUCGUACACUGCUGCUACUUGCUCGCCAGAGUCAUCGCCGAAUUAGCUGCUCAAUCCAGCGGUAACGAGGACGAACUCCAAGCCGCUUGUGGACGAUUCAUGUACACAACUCCAUCCAGAUUCACCAGAACCAAUCAAACCAGAACCUGGAACACUGGCAACGGUUCUCCCGAUGCUAUUUGCUUCUCCGUCGAUAGAAGCGGAAUCGUCGUUGCUGGUGUUGGAAUUUACGGUGGUGCUGGUGUCUACAACUACGAACUCGAACUUCUCGACGAUCAAAAUAAUGCCGGGAACGAUCCGUCGCACACCCAACGUUGGAGUAGCCUCGAUUUCACGCGUGGUUCUUUCGGUCCGGACGAUUGUGUGAACGAUAUUGUGGAACUGAAAUUCAGCAAGCCGAUACCGAUAAAAGAGAAUGUUAAAUACGCGAUAAGACUGAAAAAUCAUGGUGGAAUAACGAGCAACGGUGACAACGGUUUGAGCGUGGUUCGAGGUCCGGAUGGUACAAAUUUCACCUUCACCGUUUGUUCUUUAAGUUUCAAUGGUACAACCCAAACACGAGGACAGAUACCGCACAUUUUGUACUACUCGAAUCCUCAGGAUUCUCAAAGUCCUCAAACGACCAAAGCCGUGGCUGAAUUACAAGCGAGAAAAUGUACGCUUGCCAUGACCACCACGAUCGUUCAACGGUCCAAUGAAAUUUUGGCACUCGCUCGUGAACGAUCCGAGGACCAUUUGACGAAUGAGAUUUUGGGAAACGCUGCUUUCGUCACGACCCUUUUGCCUCUUGUCAUGGCUCACAUUAGUCCACUCGCGACCUCUGAUCCAAGAAGCGGCGUGCAAGUUUUGACGUUAAUUCAAGAGAUGUUGCCCCACGUGGCCGGACUUAAUUUAUUAUCAACAAUGGGCAUGUCCCAAGUAUCACAGGAUAGCGAAGGUCAUUCGCACUUUCCAACGCCCGUAACUACGAGCCAUCAUUACACGUGGCUCGAGAGUGAGCAUCCUUAUAAACCGGCAACCGUCUCGCACUAUCGGGUUACUUUUCCCGAAACAGUCAAAUGGAUGACCGUCGAAUUUACACCCGAGUGCGGAACCGCCCAGCCGGAGGAUUAUCUGCAAAUUUACAUUCCAAACACAAUCGUUAAUCCAAAUAAUUCCGGGAACAAUUCAACUUCCGGCAUCGAAGAAACUUCAUUGUACCUGCCGGUGCUUCACAAAAUGAGCAACGUACCCAAUCAGUGGCCGCAAAAUGCCAUCGUCCUACCUGGCAACGAAAUCAUAUUUUCACUCGAAACAGCCUCCGAUUACAUGAAGGACGAUCUCUCCGUAACUUAUGGCUUUAAAUGUCUCAUCAUUGGCUACGACUGGAUUUCCUCUGGAAAUGGCCUCAAAAACCUCGAAACCGAACUCUCUUUUCUCGGGGGUGCAUGCGCCGCGAGUCUUAUGAAAAAGAAUCUCAGACUUCCCACCGUUACCAUGGAAGAAAUGGAGGAUAACGUGGAAGCUGCUCAGGAAACAGCGAAGAGGAUAUUUUCGGUACAUUCAGGGCUCCUUGGUCGUGGCUUCGCCCUCGCAGCUCCGCCGACCGUCACGCAGGCUCUCGAUGGCGUUCUCCCGUUCAGUUGUCACUCCAACGAACGUUUAUUCCUUCGGGACUUCGUUUCUUGUUCACCCGGUACAAGUGGCGGGCGAUUAGCCAGAUGGCUUCAACCGGACAAUUUCGUCGAUCCUUCAAAAUGCGAAGCCCUUUAUUCUCGGGAAGACAUGAAAUGCGGAUGGCCCGCCGUUGUCACUGUCCUCACGAGAGACCAGUAUGGGGAAGUUGUUCACGUUCCAGGACUGAGGGUCGAGGUAAAAGCUGUACCCAUCGACAAGAAAGACAUUUCGGAUUCCGAUCAAGGAAGAAAAAUUCGUCGCGUAUCGCAACCCGAUCCAAUGACUUUCGGUGGUCAUCCACAACCUAAUCUUGACGUACCAUACGAAGUCACCGUUAACAAUAAAAUGAGCUUCUACGCGAUAACGAUUAUGAAAGCAUAUCAGAAUUAUUCGUUCGAAGAACUGAGAUUCACUUCACCGGCUUUGAAAAGAUCAUCUGAGAGUAUGCUCGUCAGACCAAACGGCGAUGGAAGUUACAGCGCCAACUGGACACCCUCUUCUGUAGGAUGGUACUCUUUCAUGAUCAGCGUCGACGGAUACAGCAUGGAAGACAAUUACAAAGUGGAGGUUCGUGAACCGCCUCAAGGGAUGCAGCCACCGACUCAGAAUAUCGUGAAAAAAACUCAACACCAACCGAGCAAGCUUAGAAAAUUUGUAGCGAAAAAUAGCGCAGGUUUGAGAAUCCGAGCUCAUCCCUCGUUACAGAGUGAACAAAUUGGUAUUGUCGCUGUUCAUGGGACUGUAACAUUCGUUGAUAAGAUUGACAAUGAUGACGGAGUAUGGCUGAGGCUGAAUUCUGAGACAAUAAAAAAAUACUGCCACAGCAGUCAUUCAGAAGCAUGGUGUUUAGGUUACAAUCAACAUUUGGGUAAAACUCUAUUACUUCCGGUUGCUGAACCAAAAAGCAGCACCGAACAAACGAAGGAACAAACGAGCCUGAGAAAAAGGGCCGAAUUGAGCGAAGACGUCUAUCCUCGUUCCAGCAAGAGGAAGACAGUCACAGUCGAUGGUGGUAGAACGAUGAUUGUUAUAAAAUCUGGAGCUUCCGGACACAAUAUCAGAAGCAGACCGGCCUUGAAAUCUGCUGCAGUUGGAAUGCUCGCCAUCGGAGAUUCUCUCAACAUUCAGGAAUACUUGGUAAAUGGUGAGGGAACAUGGGUGAGAAUUGACGAGGAAUCAACUGGGAAAUAUUGCUUCAAUACCGAGGGCGAAGCUUGGUCAUUAGCAAUCAACAAACACGGUGUAGCAUACAUGAAAGUCGAUCAGGCUGAAACGAUAGAGAACGAUAUUGGGACGUUGGAUAAAAGGGCCGUAAACGGUGACAACAUAUUCGCAUCUGGUAACAUCAAAGGUUUUGACUUUUCGACACCGUCCGGGAGUCAAGAAGGUUUCAACUUUACAGCACCGAAUUUCGCGCCCGGCACAGCUGGAUCAGCGGACAGUGGCAACAACACGAAUCCCUUCGUUUUCGGCUCGUACAGUCAGCAUGGCUCACCAGGGAGUGACAAAAACGAAGUUUCCCCAAAAUUUACGAAACCACAUUCCAAGGAGCGGGUGGCAAAAGAACGAGAACGCGAGGGUGGUGGAAAAUUUAGUGUAUUACAAAAAUGGCUUCGAGGCGAUGAUAAAGGAGAAAAGAAAAGUUCACCCGGCAGAGAUUUUUCCGAAUUCGUUGGUGUGUCGGUGAAAGAAUUGGUCAAAGCGAUGGGAGAGAGUCGAGCGAACGGGAAUGGCGCCACGCCGCCGGAAACACCGCGUAGAUUGUCAAGAAGUUCCUCGCCGAAGAAUCCACAAGGUGGGUCACCAAGAUUUCUCAGCCGUUCGUCUAGUCCGGUUGCUAUACCUGCUGGUUCCAGUCGUCAGCCGAUCGGUUCCGGUAAUAGCCUCUUUCCUCUCAUCGCUAACGCUCAAGCAGGUGGGAGAAGUUUGAUAGGAGGGGGGGACAGUGCCGGUAGCAGCCCUCUGCACUACGGUUCCCCCCGGAGUGUCUGCCUCUCCCCUCUAGUUUCAGGGGGAAUGAUGGACAGCGCAACAUCCCAUCGCCGAGGAUCGACACAGAGUGACACAAGUGCCUUAGUUAGCAGUUUAACGAGAGAUCCGUCGCAGUCUCCGAGUGGUAUCAGCACAACGGCAAACACCCGAGAUCUUUCGCCUAGUCCCAGCUGCAGUUCAUUGCACAUGAGGUCGGAUGGCAGUGUGGCCAGUCCUCCAGACACGCCUCGGAAGGAACGCAGUGAUUCCCAGGACAGUCCGCGAAGAGUAUCCCAAGCUCAGACGCAGACUAGCCCCGAAAGCGCGACAACAGCGAUGAAAGGUCAUUUCAGCAUCGGUUCAUCGGGCGGUAAAGAAGAGCGUCAUUCGCCAAAAUUAACGACGCGAAGAGAGCACACAAAAGUACCAAAAACGCGAGCAAAACGCGCGAUAUCGCCGGCAAAUACUCAACAAGGUCCAAAUCCGAGUCGUCCGGUGAACCUGAGCAAAGAGAGAGUGAAGGAAGCCGUCAGUCCUUCGGUGGCUGAGUGUCUUCGUGCCGUCUUCGCUGCGUUUUUAUGGCACGAAGGAAUCGUCCAUGACGCGAUGGCUUGUGCGAGUUUUCUUAAAUUUCAUCCGACUCUGCCGAAACAAGGAGCUCUCGUCGUGACGAGACAAGCCGUUGUUGCUACGAGUGAAAAACCAAAGGAAGAACUAACGAAAGAACAACGAGCGCGACAGAGGCAUUCGGUGGAAGUUACGAACGCUGGGCAUUAUUUGCAUAUACAACCAAGCACUCUGGAAACACUGACGCGAUCAGCAGCGAAUGCAAACGCCAAUAGAAAUCGUAAAAAGCAAGAUUCGACGAUAAAGGAAGAGUGCCAAGGCGGUGGAAAACUAACUUCGUUGCCGGAGUGUCACACUGUUGCAAUUUUACCACCAGCCCUCAAGAGUCUCGUAUUCCUGUGGGAAGAAUUGAGCAACAAUUGUCAACAGGCGAUUGAACAACAGACCGUAUUACCGAGUCCAAUAUCACAAAUGACUACUAAAAUGUCGAAACGUCAAGUUGUCGACAAGUCACAGAAUCGAGAAGAAAGACCAAAGGAACGUGAAAACAAAAAGGGUAAUAGGAAGAAGAAAGAAUGGUGGAAAUUCGUCGGUAAAGGUGGACCGAAUUCACCCAACAUCGAAAGUCCCGGUGCUGCUCCAUCCACUGGAUUCACCGAACGCGAAACAACUUGUGAAUUGUGCGGUCUUAUGUUUCCUCAUCCGGUUACUUACCACAUGAAAAUGAUGCAUCCCGGUUGUGGCUGGCAUUCCGGUGGCAUGGGAUACAAUAGCUGUGGAAAUUACUUCUCCGGUUGGGCCGGUAACUGCGGUGACGGUGAUUUUAGCGGCACUUCCUGGUAUCUCAUGUGCGAUACUUGUCGUGAUAAUUAUUUGAAAGCUAGAAAAAACAAAGCUGGAAAAAAACUUAUUGGCAAUGUCACCAGGAGAAAAGGCGCAGCUAACAAAGGCCUUCUGUCACCCAUCGGGAGCCCGAGUGGCAGUGAAACACACGUUAUCAUGAAAAACAACGCAAUGUUUUUGCUCGAUUUGUCCAGCGCGUCUGGUUUAAAUAUCCCUAAGCAACAGAGAAGACCCUCACAAACUUUAUCAUCCGUCGCUGAAAAUUACAGCCCUCCUGAAGCUACCGGACCUUUUCCCCCCACCGGACCUUUCCAAUGCCUUCAAGCACUCGGCAUUCAUCACUCACAGAGCAGCGAAGAACGCUAUUACGAAGAAACUCUUAGACGACAAAAUGGUCAGCCGAGUCCUUAUGACGGAAAUAACGCGUUCACUGCAGCCAAUGGAAGACCACUGUCCGAAUGCCAUAUGAGUGACAGCGAUAGUGAUGGAGGCAAAGGGAGGGGAAUUUUCCACAGAUCAGUAUCGAUGUCCACCGGUGCGCCUUGGGCCAAGAAUAGUAACGACGGUCGAGUCGUUAUGAUGCGAAAAAGAAACAACAGUAGCAGUGAAAUGAACAAUGAUGCGGGUUCGUCGCUUCUUUGCUACCCGUCAGCGGCUUUGCAAAAAUUGGUACCUUCGAUGGAUCAAUCAGCAAUCGUUUCCACAAGUCAGAUCGAAGUUCCUACGAAUGACAGAAUCGAGAUACUCAUGAGACCAGUUAUGCUCUUCGUUCUCCAACAGCAUAAUUUGCAACAUCUGCAAUUGGCGAUGAAACAGGCAUUGAGAAGAGCAGCCUGUCGCGUUUACGCAAUGCAAGCACUUAAUUGGUUGCUCCGAAGUGUCACGCAACCGAUUUGCCUGCACGAUCUUUUGUGGUGGUUUGUUGGAUCUCUAACGCCGGUCGUUCAUGAAAAUUUAGAUGAGAAUGAUGACGACAACAGGACUGAACGAAAAGAUGAUCAUGAUACGAUAGGAGUGUGCGAGCAUCCCUUAAGCGAUUUGGUAAUUGCUGGCGAAGCAGCAAAUCCUUUGCCGACAUCAUUUCAUACAUUAUUACAAACAAUUGCUGAUUUGAUGCUUUUGCCGCCGCCUGGAUCACCUUUACAGCAGGCAGCUGUGAGAUGCUGGGGCAUACGUUUCACUUCGGCCGAUCAUAUGUUCCUUCAUCGUAGUCACGUAUUUAGUAACAUAAGCAAAAUUUUAUCGCGUUCUGAGGAAGAAGAGGAUGGCACGAUAAGCAUGCACGAGAGUCAUCAGUCUACUUAUUCACAACAAGUAACUACGUGUGUCGAAGCGCUGAAAGACCUGACUACGAGUAUUGAAAUAAAAGCCUCCAGUAGACAAGCAAUGAUCGGUCAUCUUACCAACAAUUCGACUGAAACGUUUUGGGAAUCCGGUGAUGAAGAUCGAAAUAAAACCAAAACAAUCACUCUCAUCUGUGGUGCUCAUACCAUUCCUCGUAUGGUUUACAUUCACAUUGAUAAUUGUCGAGAUUUAACGCACAAAGUCUCGAGCGUAACUUUCCACUCUGGCGCAAAUAUUGACGAGAUGGUAAAACUGAGACUCGUGGAGAUCGAGAGUAGAUCAGCGGGAUGGAUAAAUUGUCCGAUAACAGAUUCGAGACACGUGGUCAUUAGUCUCGAGCUCAAAGGACCGGACAAUUCAUUACGAGUUCGUCAGAUAAGAGUUUUGGGCGAGAUCGAGGGAGAAUCUUUGAAAAUUGGUAAACAAUUGAACGCUGCUGCGAUUCAACAAAGGAAUUGUGAAGCAGAAACUUUGAAAGUCUUUCGAUUGAUAACAUCACAGGUCUUUGGAAAACUGAUUCAAGGAGAACAGCAACAAACAAUGGAAACCGGAGAAGCGAGUAACGACGAACUCGAGGACAGCCACGACCUUCGUGAGCACAUGGUCGGAAUUCUUUUUAGCCGCAGCAAAUUAACGCAUUUGCAAAAACAAGUCUGCACUCACAUCGUUCAAGCUAUAAGGAAAGAAAGCAUAAGAUUGCGCGAAGAGUGGGAAACGCUGUUGUGUUCACCGACACCAGCUAAUAGUUUAUUGAGUGAUAAUAGUGAUUUACCAAAAGCAGCUGACACUUAUUGUUUUGAAAUGUUGUCAAUGGUGUUGGCUUUGAGUGGCAGUGCGGUUGGAAGAAAUUAUUUGUCCCAUCAGUAUGGAUUGCUCAAGGAUCUUUUGAGUCUUUUACACACUGGAUCAGCGCGUGUUCAACGUCAAGUUACGUCCUUGUUACGCAGAAUAUUGCCGGAAAUCAAACCCGAGACGUUGGCCAAUGUUGUCAGCCUGGAAAGACUCCCACCUUCUGAUUUCAGCAUUGUUUCUGUCGCUAAUAGCGGCUACUCCCAAUCCAAAGACUUUGACGAACACUCGCCCGGUAUUCUCGAUGUUUUUCUCAGCUGCAUCGCCAAAGCUCUUUCCGUACAAGUUAAAUUAAAAGCCAAGGAUAACAAUGGCAAAGCGCUUCAAACUGUCUCACUUGCCACGAGCAUUCAUCCGAAAAGCUUCAUUGGUCCUCGCUGGUGGCUCCGAGGAUGCAUGACUCGCAAACUCGCUGAGGUUAUUAUCCAACUCCUGAAGGACAUGGCUUCGGGAAAAUUAUCCGAUGCUUGGGCUGCGGUCACGAAAGCCGCCAUUGCUGAAAACAUUUUAAAUUUAACGAGGCUCGACGAGAAAAGCAGAGAUCCCACGGAAUGCUUACGUACUCCAGCUCUUUGGCUAGCUCUAUCUUCCCUGUGUGUUUUAGAUUCUGAUCAUGUCGAAAGACUGUCCUCCGGUCAAUGGAACGCGAUGGAUGGUCAACCACCUCCACCCAGGCCUACGUGUAGCAAUCACGAUGACGGCGAAACAACGGCAAUAAUCCAAUGCAACGCGUGUGGGAAUUUGUGUGCGGAUUGUGAUCGAGUUCUUCAUCUUCAUCGUCGUACGCGUAUGCACGUACGUCAAGUUUGUAAAGAAGAGGAAGAGGCGAUAAGAGUUGAUCUCCACGAGGGUUGCGGAAGAACUAAGUUAUUCUGGAUUUUGGCGUUAGCCGAUAGUCGAACGCUGAAAGCUUUGGUUGAAUUUCGUGAUGGUUCGCCGAGAAAACCGAUCGGUGCAUCCUCGGGUGUUUGUCGUUUUUGUGGAACUACAGGAAAUACAGGACUAUUGGCUAUUGGAAAUAUAUGCUCGGAUCACGAUUGUCAAGAACAUGCAAAAAAUGCUUGUAGCAAAACUCAUCUCUGUGGUCACAUUUGCGGUGGUGUAAAAGACGAAAAAAAUUGCUUACCUUGUCUACACAGAUGUUCACCGAGUGCUGAUCUCAAACAAGAUGCAGAUGACAUGUGCAUGAUCUGCUUUACCGAAGCACUCUCCUGUGCUCCUGCCAUUCAACUUCAAUGCGGCCAUGUUUUUCAUCUUCAUUGCUGUCGUAACGUUUUGUUAAAAAUGUGGGCUGGCCCGAGAAUCACUUUUGGAUUUUCUCUUUGCCCAAUCUGCAAAGUGCCCAUGGAACAUCCCACACUUUCAGAACAUUUGAUCAGCAUUCUUGAACUGUACGCUGAUGUUAGGAGGAAGGCACUCAUGCGAUUGGAGUACGAGGGUUUACACAAAGCUGAUGCAGUUACAGCAGUAGGUGGACGUUACUAUCAAGAUCCAGCUGCGUACGCAAUGGAUCGUUACGCCUAUUAUGUCUGUUAUAAAUGCCAAAAAGCUUAUUAUGGUGGAGAGGCUAGAUGCGAUGCUCAAAUCGGUGGUGAAUCGUUCGAUCCCACUGAACUGGUAUGCGGUGGUUGCAGCGACGUGGCAAGGGCUCAGAUGUGUCCAAAGCACGGAGCUGACUUUCUCGAGUACAAGUGUCGUUAUUGUUGCUCAACGGCAGUCUUCUUCUGCUUCGGUACAACUCACUUCUGCAAUCCAUGCCACGACGAUUUUCAACGUGUCACGACUAUACCAAAAAGCGAAUUACCAUCGUGUCCUGCUGGGCCAAAAGGAAAACAGCUCGAGGGCGACGAGUGUCCAUUACACGUCAAACAUCCACCGACCGGUGAAGAAUUUGCUCUAGGUUGUGGAAUUUGUCGGAAUGCGCACACAUUCUAAAACAUUUUUUAACAAGAAACCAAACGAAGCAAAAGAAUUCGAUGGAAGAGCAUUUGUCACUUUUGAAUAAUUUUCUUGAUAAACAAGCAUCUAUUCAUCGGUUGAUUCUUCCCCAGUGAAAACCGCGUUGCUAUCCAUAUCUUCGAUUCAGAGACUUUCAUCGUCGCAAAUCUAAUCCUUAAGUGAGAAGAUAAUUGAGGGCUUAAACGUAGAAUUUCCACGGGAUGGUAAUUCAGGAAAACAUUUAUCCUUUAAACAGAUUUUCAAUUGUGAAGAUACAGAGAGAGAGAGAGAGAGUAAGAAAGAGAGCGAGGGAGAGAGAAAAAUGGAAAAGAAAGUCGAUAUAAAAAAAUGCCACGUGGAAUAAGGGAAAAAUAUUGAUAUGAGAAUAAACUUUCAUAGCGGAUGGAUUUACAACUAAGUCGUUUUUAUUGAAUACAUAUUGAGCAACAACAGUAAUGGAAACCUAAGACGAAGGAAUGCUUGUCUGAAGAAAAGAAAUGAAAAUCAGUAAGAAAUAACCCGUGGUUUAUAAUUUAUACGCGUAAUAAUUAAUAACUAUGAAUAAUGGGUAAUGAGAUUGAUAACGUGAUGAGAAGUCUCAGUGUAUAAAACCUAUUUCACCUCAUUGUGUGGAAGCGAUGAAAGAUAUGUUGUGAUUUUUAAUGGAAUUUUGUUCGGCGGUAAAUCUACCCAUAUAUCAAAAUCAGCUGAUUUAAGGCUCGAGAAUGCAUCGCUUGAGAGAAUCUUGUAAUAGCAUCGAUAAAUCAGCGUGGGAUACGAGAAAGGAGAGAAUAUAUUUAAGGACUGUAGCGAAGUGAUGAGUGAAUGUGUGUUUGAAUAAAUAUCUGUACAAGAUUCGGAAAAAAAACAACAAAUAACAACAACAAAAAAUCGAAAAUUACAAGUGUCGCGAUAAAAAAAUGAUAGUUAAUUUAAACGUUUCGUCGAUAUGUUGACUUACCGGUGUGUGAUUUGGUCAAAGAACAGAAACAAUACUCUAUGAUAAAUAUGUUGCGCGCGUUACCAUUUUUAUGACGAAAAAAGUUACUUUUUUUUUCACACUAUUUUUUUUUCUUUAUUUCGUUUUUCAUGUUUGUUUUCAUGUAAUAUUGUCGAUUGAGUUUCCAGCAAUUUGCCUGAUUAAAUGAGGGUGGUCAUGUUUGUCAUAUUUAUUUAACAAGUUUUCUCAUUGCAUAGUUUUGUGCGUUUGUAUGUCAUUUGUAAUAUUAUUAUUUAUAAGCAGUGAAAAAAAGUCCAAUGAUAUUCGUAUGAGAAUAGUGGUGAUGAAUGAUAAACUUGCUUUGUAAUAACGAAAUGGCGAUAUUUCGAACUUUCGUCAUCGUCAGAAAAUCGAUGAUUUAAGAAAAAUUGUCACUCAUUGUGUUCCAAUUUUUUGUGCGUAUUAAAUAAUAGUCAACCGAUCAGAUGUUUGUCGCGAUGAAUGAGAUUUCAAAUAAAUCUUUACUAAAUCCCAUUCAUCACUAAUGUGAUUGCUAUACAUUUUUUGUCAAAUCCAUUGAUCGAGAAUAACGAUAUGAGGUUUUAUCUAAACUCUACAUGAAAAGAAAAUAAAAUCUAACGAAUUCCAUCAUACAGUUGA